AUGAUAGGCUCUGUUUCAAUUGACUAUUUGGGUAGAGUAGUAGGUGUGAGCUUAGUUAUAGUUUCCAAUUCUGCUUGUGAAGGAGCUAUAGUUCUAUAUGAAAACCUGAAAGAGUUCAAUACUGUUGUAUAUGCUAGGCGUACAGAAACAGGACCCAUCCCUGACACUGCAAGCUAUGUCCAGAAAUUGGAAAAAGAGAAAGAAGCCAAGGAAAAAGGUGAAACCAAAGACAAUACAUCAUUUUUAGCAAAAUAUUGGAUGUGCAUAGUACAUUUUUGUUGA